AGCACCAGUCAAAUCAUCGCCUUUCUCCAGCAGGUCUGCAUGCACAAGGGGUUUUACGACGAGGAUCUGGAAUUCGUCACUUUGGAAAACGUCCAGAUCGUCUGCUCCAUGGCACCGUGCUCCACGUCCGGCAGGCAUCACGUGUCCACCCGGUUCACCGCGAACGUGCGGAUUGCGCACUUAUUCUACCCGGAUAAGGAGGAAUUGGUGGAGAUUUGCGCGGAGCUGCUGAAGAGGAAUUUCAACAACUUGUCCGAUAAUACUGCUUCUGCGACGAUUAUGGACAGCGCAUUUUCGACGAUUCUUGCAACCGCGAUGGUGGAACUUUACACCCAAAUCCGGGAGAAAUUCACGGUGGAUUUGUACGAGCACUACGUGUUUUCACCGAGGGAUUUGACGCUGUGCGUCCAGCAGUUGGUCCGCUAUUUGCCGGAAGAUCAGGAUUUGUCACAGGUUGAUGGCAACGAGCUAAAGAAACACUUAGUCGAGGCAUUUCAAAACGAAGCGAGACACAUCUUCCGGGACCGGCUGGUUAAGGACGAUCAGGUGAACUUCGACCACAUGCUGAGUAACGUCUGUUUCCAGGCGUUCAGCCACGGGAAUCUGCUGUCGAACCAGAAAAGCAGUUCAAAUCCGAACCAAAAGCAGCUCUACACGUCGUUAUUGACUCGCGUCGGUGGCUCGAAUUUCGCAUCCUGCACGGGCGUGCUGAGCAAGAUCGAGAAUAGCAAGGAUUACCUGUCGCUUUUGAAGGAUGGGCUCACAGUGUAUGAACGGGAGAUCAAGCAACUGAACAUCGAAUUGUUCCCCGAGGUGAUUGAAAAUCUCUCGAAACUAGAUCGCGUCUUGGCCAGUAAACAGAAAAACGACCUGUUUCUCAUCGGCCGCGCGGGGGUUGGGAGGAGAUCGCUAAUCUACUUAAUGGGCCAUCUCCAGUGCAUGAACGUCUUUUCCCCGCAACUAUCGACGAGGUACGGGAAGAAGGAGUGGGCGCGGGACUUGAAGCAGGUCAUGCAGUCCACGGGGAUUGAGAAGCAGGAAACGAUCUUUUUCAUCGAGGACCACCAUUUGCAGGCGGGCGAAGAUUUUAUGGUGGAGACGCUGAACAGUUUAUUGUCCGCGGGAGAGGUUCCCGGUUUGUACACCGCGGAAGAAUUGGAACCGUUGCUCAAUCCACUAAAGCAAGAAUUCGCGGAAAAGCAGGACAGCAACAGCAAUUCCGGUGCCGCUGGGAACGCGAUGCCGAAAACGCUUUUCGAGUACUUCGUCCAGGAAGUUAGGCUUCAUUUGCGGGUCGUGCUCUCUAUGGACUUCACGCACCCGCACUUCCGCGCGAACUGCGCCAGCAAUCCGGCGUUGUUUAAGGACUGCGCCGUCAUUUGGAUGGACGAGUGGACGGAAGAAGGGAAGGAGUUUGUGUGCAACGCGCGGAUGCAAGAAUUUCUCGGCGACGUCUUGGUUUCGGGGAAAAAGAUGAAGGAGCAAACUGCGAAAAAGGGAGAGAUCGACUUCGGGAAUUCGGGGAAUAAGCAAGUGGCGCCGAGUGACCAGUCGAUCGUCCCGGCGCUGGCGCAGUUCGCGCGGAAGGUGCACAACGCGCAGCUGAAGUUCGGCGCGACGCCGAAAGCGUUGGUGACUUUGCUCCAAAAUUGCUACAGCAUCUACCAGAAGAAAAUCGCGAGUUCCAGUGGGAAGAAGGAGCAUCUGGAGAAGGGUUUGAAGAAGCUCCAAGAGGUCUAUCAAACGGUUGAAACGCUGCAGGAAGACGCCGUGACGAAGCAAAUCACCUUGCAAGAGAAGCAGUUACAAGCCCAGCAGGCGUUGGAGAAGAUCCGACGGGCGAUGGGGCGGGCGGCGGAGCGGAAACAGGAAGUCACCGAGUUGGAGAAACUCACCUCGCAGGACGAGAGUGUGAACAAGGAGGAGAAGGCGAAAAUCGAGGAGGAGCUGUCGCAGAUUAAGCCAAUUUUAGACGCGGCGAAGAAAGCCGUGGGAAGUAUCAAGCAAGACCACUUGAGCGAAAUCCGGUCGCUGAAGAUGCCCCCAGAGCCGAUUCACGACGUGCUGCAGGGGGUUUUAAGGAUCAUGGGCAACUACGACGCCAGUUGGGGGAGCAUGAAAAAGUAUCAGUCUUUCUGCUUCUGCUUCUCUGAUUCUACUUUUACGAUGAAUACGAACUACGUGCAUACUAGUUACACACAUUAUUUCGCACCCUGAUUGCGCCGGCACCGCAAUGCGAAUGCUUAUAGAAGUUUUUGAGACCACCUUGCAAGAUGUUCACGAUCACACACGACAUCACCAGGUUCCUCACCGGCGCGGGCAUGAUCCAAAAAAUCUUGAAUUUCAAUGUGCGCAACAUCACCCCGGAGAUCCGGCGCGACGUGGAGAAACUGGUGAACGAGAAAGCCAACAGCUACGACCCGCAGGUCAUCUACCGCGUCUCCGUCGCCGCGGCGCCCCUCGCCAAGUGGGUGGUCGCGAGCCUGAAGUACGCGAGUGUGUUGGAAAGAAUCGCCCCGAUGGAAACGAAGUUACAGCAGGCCACCGACGCCCUGUCCUCCGUGCAGUCCCGGCUGUUCGAGUGCCGGGACCAGCUCGCGCAGAUCGACCAGGAAGUCGCGGACUUGCAGAACGAGUUCGAGUAUCCUGUGCAAAAGUAUCGUACUCGUAUAAGUCCAGUGCAGGUCUUGCAUUACAAAUCUUGUUCCCAAGGCAAAUCUGCAUUACAAAUUUUAUUUCUCAUGCUGAGGAAAUUUGUAAUGCAUUUAUAUAUACGACGAGCGCGAUACUUGUUUUGCAGUUCAUAUCGAGCAACGCACCCAGGAAGCAACGGUGUUACAGAUGGACCUGGACCAGGCGCAGAAAACGCUGCAGAAGGCGAAUAUGGAUGUGUCAGGAUUGAAAUCGCCAAAGUUGAAACGAUUUGCCAUGCAUAAAAUGGAUCCCUGUUGGCGCCUAGUUUUCAAGUGGCGCAUGACAAAUUUGGGUAGAGCCGCAAUCCAGUUUGUAAUGCUGUUUGGGUAAGGAAGACGCCUUUUGUCAUGCUACUCCAGCAGCUCUAUUGCUACCCCUCAACAGGCUUACAAUCAGCCUCCCUUGCCUAGUCUGCAAGACAGGCAUUUUGUGGGUUGCGUUUUAUGCAUCACAAACUAUUUCAACUUUGACGAUUUCAAUCCUGACGCUUCCAUAGCGAAGUCUUUGAUCGGAAAAUUGUCCGGCGAGAAGGACCGGUGGUCGCAACAAGUGUCGGAGAUCAAGAAAAACGCGAGACAGUUGCCGAUCCACAGUCUGCUCGCCGCGGCCGCGAUCACCUAUUUGGGCAGCUUUUCGGAAGACGUGCGAGAGGCGUGUCAGCGCACGUGGCUGUCUGACAGCAACCAGGAAUUUUCGUUUCUGAGGUUUAUGGCGACGGAAUCGGAGCUCUUAACUUGGAAGCAGUUGGGGCUCCCGGGGGACCAAUUGUCGCAGGAAAACGGAGUGUUGAUCCAGAACGCAGUACGGGUUCCGUUCAUCGUGGAUCCGAACACGCAGGCGGUGGUGUGGUUGGAGAAUUAUUUGAACUCAGAUAGCAGUUCUGGUGCGAACAAAUCGUCGGCAACAACAUCCUCACGUGGCUCGCAGUCCUCCGUAGAGGUCUGUUUGCAGCAGGACCCAAAGAUUCUGACCAAGUUGGAACUGGGAGUCCGGUUCGGAAAAACGUUGAUUCUGAAGGAGGUCGAAACCGUCCCCGCGGUGCUUUUCCCCGUGCUGCGGGAGGAGUUUACGAAGCAGGGGCCGAGGCUGGUCGUGCAGGUUGGGGAGAGGAGUUGCGACUACAACGAGUCGUUUAAACUGUUUCUCUGCACGCGGGCGUCUAAUGCGUAUUUACCGCCGAACGCGAAGGACCUCGUGACGCAAAUCAACUUUUCCGUGACCAGAGCGGGGUUGGAAGGGCAACUGUUGAACGUGACUCUGGCGCAUGAGAAGCCAGAACUGGAAUCCAGGAAAUCAGAGCUACUUCAGAGGGAGGAGGCGUUGAAGGUUUCCUUGGAGGAGUUGGAAACGUUACUUCUCGAGCAGCUGGCCGACAGCAGCGGGAAUUUGCUGGAAAACGAGAAUUUGAUCCAGUCCUUGGAGCAGACGAAGCAAUCCGCGAACGGGAUUAAGGAAUCUCUCGAGGAGUCGACGGUCUUACAGAAGGACUUGGACGACCAGCGGAACGCGUACCGACCGUUGGCGGUGCUAGGGUCGAAAUUGUUCAUUUUGUUGAAGGACUUCAACACGAUUGGGCACAUGUACCGGUUUUCGCUGGAAUUCUUCAUCGAGAUCUUCAACCAAGUUUUGGGUUCCAUCAGCAGCAACUACGGGGGCCAGAACCGAAAUUUGAACCCGCAGCAAGUUUCGAGCAAAAUUCGGGAGUUGGAGCGAGCUCUGCAGGUUGAAGUUUUGCACAGAUGCAGCAGGUCGGUCUUCAAAGCAGACAGGCUGACGUUUGGAGUCCACUUGGUGAACGGCAUUUACGCGACAACAGGCGCUGCGAGUAAAGGGGGGUCUGGUGCGGCUGGGGGUCAGGGCGGAACCAGCCCACAGGAAAUCAUCUUCCAGGAAAACGAGUGGGAGUUCUUUCUCGGGUCGUUCAUCCCGCAGCAGAAAUCCAAUCUUCCCCCGAUCAACUGGUGCCCGGCGGAGCGGGAAGAGGCCCUGAGCAAACUGCGUUCCGCGUUUCCGAAAUACGAGGACAACUGGGGCUUGCAGCAGAAUUCGAACAGUUGGCUCCAGUGGUGCCAGUCGGACAAGGCGGAGGAGCAGUUUCCGUCCGAGUCCUUCCCGCGCAUGUCCGCGUGGCAGCGGGUUUUGCUCCUCCAAGCCGUCCGGCCGGACCGAUUAGAGUCCGGGCUGACGAAGUUCUGCGCGGAUAUGUUGAUUGCGAACUACGGCGGGAAACUCGGGUCGGAGCACUCGUUAUCGCCGCCGCCUUUAUCGCUGCAGAAAUUAGUCGCGGAGGAACUGACCACGCCGGAAAAGUACGUUUUGUUCUUGACCACGACGGGCGCGGACCCAUCGGUCGAGCUGGAAGAGUUCGCGACCGCGCAUCUGGAAAAAGUGAAUCUGCAGGCCGGCAACACGACGAAUUUUGCGUUCCGCGAAAUGGCGAUGGGCGGGGGACAAAACGAAGAGGCACUGGAGAUGUUGAGAAGUUGCGCGAAGCACGGGGAUUGGUUGUUGUUGAAGAAUUUGCACUUGGUGAUUUCGUGGCUACCGCAAUUGGAGAAAGAGCUGAAGCAAAUCGCGUCUUCUUCCAACAACAACACUUCUGAUCAGGAACCUCUGUGUCACAGCAACUUCCGGUGUUUUCUGACAACGGAAGUCCACCAGAAAUUCCCGACCAUUCUCCUCGAAUCCAGUCUGAAAAUUACCUACGAAGCGCCCCCGGGGGUGAAGAAAAAUCUGCAGCGGACCUUCGAAUCUUGGACCCCGGAGUACUUCGACGGGCAAGCGGUAUUGCGGGUGAACGACCAAGUUCUGCGAAGCCAAAUUCUCUUCCUCUGCGCGCACUUCCACGCCAUCGUCCAGGAAAGGAGAACGUACAUCCCGCAGGGCUGGACGAAAUUUUACGAAUUUGCGAGCAACGAUCUGGCGUCGGCGUGUGAGACGGUGUCGCUACUGUUGAAAAUGAACGGCCAGAUGGACUGGCAAACGCUCCACGGGGUGCUGGAGAACGCGGUGUACGGAUCCAGGGUGGACAACGACUUCGACAGCCGGUUAGUGAAGGAAUAUUUACAAAUCGUGUUCCGCAACGACGCCUUGUCUGGGCAGCAGCAGGGGAUGAAGAUGCUCGAAAUUCCCCCCUUUUCGAUCCCGAGGUCGAACAAUCUGGUCGACUACAAGCUGAACAUUGAGAAACUCCCGGACACGGAUAACCCAGCCAGUUUCGGGAUGCCGGCCAACGUGGAUCGGUCCCUGCAGCGGCUCAACAGCUCUCAGGUGAUAGCAAAUUUGCGCCAGCUAAAGUUGGUCAGCAGCAGUAGUUCGUCCUCUUCGUCUAGCAGCAGCAGCAGUUCAGGGGCAUCCACCUCCUCCGGUUCAUCUUCCCUGAUCACCAACGUAAAGGUGUGGGAGGAGCACAUCACACCCCUCUGGAAGUUCUGGGAAAGCACGAGACUCUCCGCCUCGGCCGGGUCUUUGACUGUUGGCAGUACGAAUAGCUCCUCGCCGGUGACAAACUUCAUUCUUCUCGACGCCCAGGAAGCGUACAGAUUGGUGAAAUUAGUCGCGACGGACUUGUCGUUGAUGAAGAAAGUGGUCAACGGCACCGGGUUGUCCACACCCGAUAUCUAUGAACUGCAAAAGUAUCGUACUCGUAGGUAGUAGGUGCAUUUUCGCAUUACAAAUCUCUUUCUCAAGGGAGAUAAGCAUUACAAAUUGAAUUUCUAGUGCUGGGCUAAUUUGAUGUCAUGCGAUUUGUACUAGUACGAUGCUUUUGCAUUUCAUAAUAUCCAGUUCGUCGCCACGAAGCUGAUUUUGAACGAAGUUCCCGACAAGUGGACCUGGCCGUCCGCCCCCGAAGAUCCGAUCGUGUAUUUGCAGCAACUGUCGAAGCGGGCGAUUGCGUUGAAGCAAGACUGGAUGCCGUUGGUAUCGCGCGGCGGGGAGUAUUUACAAAGUCAGAAAAUCAAACUCGCCGACUUUUUAAGACCGGACGUUUUCUUGAACGCUUUGAGACAGCAAACCGCGCGGAGACUCCAGAAGCCGAUGGACUCUUUGAUCUUGGUCUCUUCCUUCGCCGGCGCGGAGUCCAUACGGAGGAACUACCAGCUGCACGACGAGCAAAUCGGAAUCCCGGUGCAAUUAGAUGGGUUGUUGCUCGAGGGCGCCAGCUUCGAUCGGACGGCCGGUUUGUUGCUAGAGGUCGGGAGGCAGUCGAAUUUGAUCUCGUCCCUGCCGGAACUGACGGUAAGCUGGAUCUUUUCCGCUUCGGGCAGCGAUGGGGCGGGGAGCCAGCAGAUGCGGGGCGUGCAAGAGAUCGAGAUCCCGAUUUACACCGGGCUGAACCGGGAGAAGUUUCUGUGCUCCAUCCGCGUACCCACGGACAACGCCAGGCAGCGGAUUUUGAACGCCACGGCAAUGUUCCUGACGGACGUGUAAAGUGGGGGUGUAAUAAAUGACUCUUUCGGUUUUACUUUGACAAGGUGUGUGAUGUGCUCGCUCGUCGAGCUUCAUGUUAUGAGUAGAUUUUUUUUGCUUCUUCGUUCUUCGUCUUACACAGAUGGAUACACCCUAGUACCAGAACCGGACAAUAUACUCGUAUCGCACGAAUGGAUCGUGUUGCGUGAUUGCAAGAAAGAGCCUGGUUUUUUUCGAAAGUUGCCUUCUCAAUGAAUGAAAUUUCUCAAGCAUCUUCGCGACGGCAACAGCC